UUUGGUAUAUUUUAUUGGUCGAGAAGGGGUCACACUGGCUGGGAGCAAAUUAAAUAAAAUAGAAUAGGAUUUUAAGCGUAUAAUUUACCCUAUCGAGUUGGUCCAUUGCGCCGGUACGAAAUGGCCGCCAUAGUACUAACCCGCAAUCUCCAGCUGGCCAAGCACCAUGGCAGUGGCGUGGUGGGAGUUUUGUGCCUGCGUGGAUACUCCGCUGCUGCUGCUCCUCCGGAGGAUGGUCCACGUCCCCUGAAGACCACGAAUCCGGCUGCCAUGAAGCGCGGAACUGGCGGUCGAAGCAGUUUCAAUGGAAUUGUGGCAACCGUUUUCGGAGCAACCGGCUUUGUGGGUCGCUAUGUGUGCAACAAACUGGGCAAAUCCGGCAGCCAGAUGAUCCUGCCCUAUCGCGGUGACGAUUCGGAUGUGAUCCGCCUAAAGGUCACCGGAGAUCUCGGCCAGGUUCUCUUCCAUUUCUACAACCUGGAGGAUCCAGCCUCCAUUCGCGAAGCCGUCAAGCACUCGAACGUGGUCAUCAACCUGGUGGGCAGGGACUUUGAGACCAAGAACUUCAAGUUCAAGGAUGUCCAUGUCAACGGAGCUGAGCGGAUCGCCAGAAUUGCCCGCGAGGCUGGCGUCGAGCGCUUUAUCCACCUGUCCUCCCUGAACGUGGAGGCCAAUCCUAAGGACCUGUUCGUCAAGGGCGGCAGCGAGUGGCUGAAGAGCAAGUACGAGGGUGAGCUGCGCGUGCGCGACGCCUUCCCCAACGCCACGAUCAUCCGUCCCGCGGAUAUCUACGGCUCUGAGGAUCGCUUCUUGCGUUACUACGCCCACAUCUGGCGCCGUCAGUUCCGCUCGAUGCCACUGUGGCACAAGGGCGAGAAGACGGUAAAGCAGCCCGUCUACGUUUCGGACGUGGCCCAGGCCAUCAUCAACGCCGCCAAGGAUCCGGACAGCGCUGGCCGCAUUUACCAGGCUGUGGGACCCAAACGCUACCAGCUGAGUGAGUUGGUCGACUGGUUCCAUCGUCUGAUGCGCAAGGACCAGAAGCGCUGGGGCUACAUGCGCUACGACAUGCGCUGGGACCCCACCUUCCUGCUGAAGGCCAAGCUGAACAGCUUCAUCUGCCCCGGCACCCCCAUCGGAGGUCUGCAUCCAGCUCGCAUCGAGCGCGAGGCCGUCACCGAUAAGGUUCUGACCGGAGUGCCCACGCUGGAGGAUCUGGGCGUCACGCUGACCACCAUGGAGCAGCAGGUGCCAUGGGAACUGCGUCCCUACCGCGCUGCCCUCUACUACGACGCUGAGUUGGGCGAAUUCGAGACUCCAUCGCCGCCCAAGUGCAUCGAGGCGCGCGACGAGCUGCGUCUUUUUGCCUAGGCGAAAUGUGGCAAUUGUCUGUGUUGAUUGGAAAUUUUUAGUUGGAGUUGUUUAAGGCGAUGCGUCAAUAAAGAGAAGUCGAAAGAUUUA